AUGGCCGAGGCGCUCGCUGGAGCUGUUGCCGUCGAGCAGGUCGUCUCGACUGCUGUGGAGGCGACUGCCGUUGCUGCCCUCACCAAACCAACGCAGCCUUUGAAAGGGUCGUUGUCGCAGAUUGCAGCCUUUCCUGCCAACGAUGGCCAGCUUUCGCUUUCUCGAUACAAUCACACCAUCACCGUCAUCGAAGGCAAAGCCUACAUGUUUGGAGGCCAGAAGCAGGACAGCCAGCUCUGCUCCGUCAACAUUCAUGCUCUUGCGAUCCCGACCACAGGCACUGCCGCGACCAGCGAAUAUGCGUGCUACCCCGCGCUGGCGAUGAAGGACGUCGACACGGGCGAGAUGCUUGUGCCGGCUCCGCGCACUGAACACGCCGCCUGCGCCCGCGGUCAGUACCUCGUCAUCCACGGCGGUCGGGACACAACGGGCGCUGUCAUCGAUGAGGACUGCAUCUGGCUCUGGGACUCGCGCGCCCUGAGCUGGUCUCGCAUCCAGGCACCGAGCCAAAUCGGCAAGAGGCUGUCCCCUCGAUACGGCCACCACAUCUUUCUCGCCGAGCAGGAAGAUGUCCUCGUCCUGCACGGAGGCCGUACUGGACCAGAGAGUCCGGCUGACAAUGAGACGUGGCUCUUCACGUUCGACAUGCUGGCGUGGACGAAACUACCAUCGGCUCCGGCGGCCCCGAUGGCAGCCGCGUUCGUGGACCGCGUCUUGUACACAGUUUCGAAGGGCGUGAAUACGCCUGGCGCGAUAAACUUCCUCGACAUCAGAGGCAGCGCGGCGGAUCGGGAGAGGGCCGAUGCGCUGGAAUGGCAGACAGUGGACUAUGCAGUCAGUCCGCUGACCCCUGCCCCCGAACCACGUGAAGGCGGCGCCCUCGUGCCAAUCACGACCGGAGUGGGCCGGAAUUACCUUAUUUACAUGUUUGGCUACUCUGACGGCGCAUUGGCUGGAGAGGGAGACUUCUAUUCAGACAUCUGGUCACUACAGGUGCCUAGUCGGGGACUCAGUGCCGCGGCUCUGAAGGACGCCAUCCGCGAGAAGCUGCCGCGGGCGGGAUCGGGAGAGUUCGGCUGGGCUGAGGUUGAAAUCGUGCCAGUGGAGAAGGACAGCGGGGGUGGCAAGGCGCAUCCGGGACCACGAGCGUUGUUCGGUGCCGCUGCCGCUGGGGACGCAAGCUUGGUCUUCUGGGGAGGUAUCAAUGGCGGUGGCGGUGGGAAUGAAGAAGACAGCUGGCUCCUUCAGAUACAUUGA